AUGGAUUUUGUCCGCGAGCAGACCAACAGGGCGCCACUCGCGCUCCUGGACCUGCCAGUCGACAUCCUCACGCUGCUCCCUAAAUACCUCGCCAACAUCGAAGACUACUUAAACGUAUCAUCAACAUGCAGACAUCUACGGGAAUGCAUGUCCAAAGCGUCUCCCAACACCAUCCUCCACCUCGCCGCAGCCCAGAGAAAUGUCUUCUUCCGCCCAGCUCCGCACCUCCUUGUCUGCGCUACCGCGGCCCAACUCGGACAAUGGGCACGCAAGUCCGACAAGAACGAAGCGGCAUUGCAGGAAGCAUUGCUGGAAGGUAUCUACGGCAUGCUGGACCUAUCGCUCAAGCACUGCGGCCUCACCAUGCAACGCAUCCGCGAGCUCCAUCUCAUGCGCUUCUCGAUCGUCAACCCCGUCACAGAUAUCAUCGACAAGUGCGUCGGUGUACAAUGGUACAGCAUCCCGGACUUCUGGUACGGAGGAGCAAGCGAUGCCUACACCAUCUCUGCGGAUCCGUCGGUUUCUCUAUUCCAUCUGGCCAUCUAUGGCGAGCUCUUCGCUCCCGACUUCGAUUCCAUACUCAAUAAGGACACAACUGCACGCAGGCUAGGUGUUGACACAAGACUGGAGUACAUCAAGUACUGCGUGCCAGACUGGCACACCGAUGUGAUUGAUUACGGCGAAUAUGAGUCAUAUGACGCCGCCAUCGCAGCCGGUUGCGAUCCCCGCAGGGCCAACAAGCCUACUGGACCUUACCGACGCACUGAUGGAGAGUGUCCUGAUUUGAAGCACGAUCACAACUAUGCACUAAGUACGACCCUCGAGAGCAGCCGGUGGCGACCGCACUGGAAGGCUGCGAGGCAGCAAGCUGGAGGGGAGUUUGACGGGGCCUUCUUCUUCCUCAAAGACAGAUGGAACUCGCACGAGGCUUGGAGACAGCGAAUGUGGGAGGCUGUUUGCAUCUGUCAGGGUUUAGAAGGCUUGGGCAUGAUGCGACCACAACUAAGGCCCCAGUGGAUCGAGAAGAUGAAGGAGUGGAGGGAGAGAAUCGCAGCGCUAGAGAAGGAGCCCGCGGAGGUGACAGUCGGAGAGGAGAAGACACGGGAGUAUCCUUUUCUGAUUGGAGAUCUGCUGGUGUGUGUAGAUUGA